AUGGGAUCUCUUUCCCAUGAGAGGAAGAGCGAUACCGGUGCUUCCUUCCCGUCGUCGAUUUCUUCCUCUCCCUCUCCCUCUCCCUCCCUUUGUUCGCCCAAUUCUUCGGGUGCGAAGUACAUCGAGCAUAAUGUGUCCAAGUUGGACACGCUUGCUGGCAUCGCCAUAAAAUACGGCGUCGAGGUUGCAGAUAUCAAACGGAUUAAUGGUCUAGUGAUGGAUCUUCAGAUGUUUGCUCACAAAUCAUUGCUUAUUCCUCUUCCUGGAAGGCAUCCCUCAUCUCCUCCUAUUCGAUCUAAUGGUUUUGUUGAUAACAGCUUGCGAAGAUACUAUGAUCUUCCACAACAUGAAAGGAGUCCUACAGCUGAAGGCACCGAAAUGACCUUAUACAAAACAGGUGGUGCACUGAACUCCAAAGAUGAACCACUACCUAAAGUGUCACCGGCUUCUAACUCACAGCCUCGGAGGUCAAGAGGUUUCAUCAACAGCUUCCUUUCGGAAGAAGGUGACCUUAUGCAAGAAUUAUUAGUCAGUAGAUCUGGGGAUUCCAGUGAUGGUGAGAAUUCCAAGACCGAUAAGCCUGUCAGGCGGCGUCAGAGAGCCGAUGCUGAUCCUUUCGGCAUCUCCGAGGCAGUUGUCAAGGAUGAGAGCCAAAGCCUCCUAGGAAGGAUGGUGAGAGGGUUAACCCCAAAGCAGUUGCUAGUGAGUUACACCGAUACUGAGUCGGCACGCCAAAGCACAAGUUCCUUGGAGGAGUCUCUUGUAGCCAAUGGGUUUCUCGCAGUAAGGAAGUCAUCAAGCACCCCGAGUUUGCAGGAAUCAGAAAAUGACUCUGUAUGGACCUCUUCUUCUAAAUGGACUUCGAAGCCUGAUACUGUUACAAGGCCAAUUUUCUAUGGUCUAUCGAAACAGAUCAGUGUUUGGAGAAGCAAAGCUGCUCUAGAUUGA